AUGUCCGUUACAUCCCCAUCUACCAGACUCUCCGCACUCGCAAACCACGUCCAAAAUUCACCGGAAAUGUCCUCCGCCAACGCCCAGAACCCGGCCCAGCUCCCCUGGGACCCCAACUGCUCGCGCUUCCCAGUGAGGAAGGACCUUCCUCGUCUCCCUGGUGCACCGGAAGGUGCGGCGUGGGUGUGGGGGAAAGCUGAUCAGAUUGGACGGCUGAAUCUCCUCACACCGCAGCGUGUCAAGGCGUCUGCGGCGGAGAUCUUGACGGGGGAGAUGGUGAGACUUGAUCUCCCACUCACAGUCCCCGAGAAGCCCGCGUUCAACCGCGAGACGUUCCAGCAUAGUAUCAAGACGCUUGUGCCGGACGUCGCAUACGACGAUAUCUACUCGAUGAACACGCAAAGCGGUACGCAGUGGGAUGGUUUCAGGCAUGCAAAAAGCAGCGACAUAGUCGGUCCCACCAGCAACGACCGCUGCAGCAUCCACCACUGGGCUCUCCACGGGAUCGCCGGCCGCGGCAUCCUCCUCGACUACUGGGGCUACGCAAACGCACACAACAAGGCGUACGACCCGUACAGCUCACACGCAAUAACUCUUCCCGAACUACGCGCCUGCGCAAGCUGGCAAGGCCUCGACCUGCGGCCCGCCAGCGAAGGCGGGUCCAUCCGCGUCGGCGACAUACUGCUCGUGCGGUCCGGGUUCGUGGCGCGGUAUGACCAGCUCAGUCCGGUAGAGCGGUACGCGGCUGCGACGCGCGCGCACGACGAUCUGUGCUUUGCGGGCGUGGCGCGCGGAGAGGACACCAAGGAUUUUCUGCACAAUUCGUACUUCGCGGCUGUUGCUGGGGACUCGCCCACUUUCGAGGUGUGGCCUGUGAGAGAGGGGGAGGAUUAUCUGCAUCAGAAUCUUCUGGCGCUGUGGGGGUGUCCGAUUGGCGAGAUGUGGGAUCUUGAGAGGCUUGCUGAGUUGUGUAGGAAGAGGGGCAAGUGGACUUUCUUUUUGACGAGUGCGCCUGCUAAUAUGCCUGGUGGUGUGGGGUCGCAUGCUAAUGCUACUGCUAUUCUUUAG